UCUCUAUGCCUGAUUGAAACUCUGAUGACUUGCUUAGUUUUGAUUUCGUUUAACAUAUUAAUAAAUAACAAAAUAAGUUAAAUAAAAGAUUACAUUAGUAUAGUUGUAUUGUCUAGCUAUUUUGAGCAAAAUUAAAAAUGUCCGCUAACAAAGAGGACACAUUGAGGCAGUUUUGCGACGUAACCGGUGCCGAUGAGAAUCGAAGUAGAUUCUUUUUGGAAUCGUCGAACUGGCAGCUAGAGGUAGCAUUGUCCAGUUUUUACGAACAUGGAGGCAAUGUAGAGGAAGCACCAAGUGCACCUGCUGUUGCCCCUGCCAUGUCAGAUAGUGACAUGGACUCACCCCCUAGGUCACCAGGACGGCCACAGAAAAAGGAGAAAAAGAAAUCCAAUCCACACUUUGCUACGUUAGAUUCACUGCAGCAAGAAAGUUCCAGUGAGGAUGAAGAAGGUCAAGCUUUCUACGCCGGAGGAUCGGAAAGAUCAGGACAACAGAUUAUUGGACCAGGAAAGGGUCGCAAGGAUAUUGUCACAGAAAUGUUUAAAAGUGUCAGAGAACGUGGCGCAGUCGUAUUUGAUGAUGAGCCUUCCUCUACAAGCCGAGGCCGCGGAGGUGUGUUCGGCGGAGUCGGAUACAGAUUAGGCCAAACAGCAGACGAUCAUGAACAGGUGACACCGGGUAACACACAGCAACAGGACAACCAACCCCGAUCGGUCCGUCUGAGGCUAUAUCGUGAAGGCUUUACAGUAGACGACGGUCCGCUGAGACACUACACUGAUCCUGAAAAUGCUGAAUUUCUCAGCUGUAUACGUAGAGGAGAGAUACCGUCGGAAUUAUCUAGGGCCCCAGGAGGCCCCGGGGGCGAAGUACGGCUUAGUCUUGAGGACCGCAGGCAUGAGGAGUGUCCACGUACUCGCAAGCAGAACACACCCUUCUCUGGGAAGGGCCAUAUGUUGGGCAGCCCCACGCCGGCCACGGUGGGCGCCACGGCGCCGCUGGGCGCGUCCCCCGCCGACCGCGCCGCCAACCAGCGCGCCGCGCAGGACGCCGUGCGGGUGGACCCCGCCGGGCCCGUCACCACCGUGCAGUUUCGCCUAGCAGAUGGCAGUCGUCUGACGGGUCGCUUCAAUCACUCGCACACUGUGGGCGACCUGUUGCAGUUUGUAUCGCGCGCAGAGCCCGCCUAUCAACUCACGCCCUUCACGCUACUCACUGCCUUCCCUAGUACGGAGCUGACCAACCACGCCCAAACCCUUGCCGAAGGACAACUGCUCAACACCACACUGUUACAGCGGCUCAAAUAAACCGCACCAUUGUCACAUUAUUUAUAAAAAGAGUCGUUUCACACUUGGAGUUUUAUUUGCAAGUCGAGCGUAUCGAUGUUAACAUAUAUUUUUUGUGUAAUAAAUUGGAAAACUCAAUUCUUGGGUAAAUUGAGAAAUAAAAGAUCGCAGCGAGUACGUUUUCUAACUUAAUUAUAUUAUUGUUUAAAGACGAAAUGUAAAUCGUAAAUAAAAAAUAUACUUUGUUUA